CGGAGAUGGCGACUGCAGUCCGGCUGCUGGGGCGGCGAGUUUCCAGUUGGAGACUGCGGCCUUUACCGUCGCCCCUUGCUGUCCCGCAGCGGGCCCACUCGAUGUUGCCUGUGGAUGAUGAUAUCAACGGGCUAAACGAGGAGCAGAAGCAGCUUCGUCAUACGAUAUCUAAGUUCGUUCAAGAGAACCUGGCCCCCAAGGCCCAAGAGAUUGAUCAAAGCAAUGACUUCAAGAACCUGAGAGAGUUCUGGAAGCAGCUGGGAAGCCUGGGAGUCCUGGGCAUCACAGCCCCCGUUCAGUAUGGUGGCUCUGGCCUGGGCUACCUAGAACAUGUGUUGGUGAUGGAAGAGAUAUCCCGGGCUUCAGCAGCUGUGGGGCUCAGCUAUGGCGCUCACUCCAACCUCUGCAUCAACCAGAUUGUCCGCAAUGGGAAUGAGGCACAGAAAGAGAAAUAUCUUCCCAAGCUCAUCAGUGGUGAGUUCAUCGGAGCCCUGGCCAUGAGUGAGCCCAACGCUGGCUCUGACGUUGUCUCCAUGAGGCUGAAAGCAGAGAAGAAAGGAGAUCACUACGUUCUGAAUGGCAACAAGUUCUGGAUCACCAAUGGCCCUGACGCUGAUGUCCUAGUUGUCUAUGCCAAGACAGACUUGACUGCUGUGCCUGCGUCUCGGGGCAUCACAGCCUUCAUUGUGGAAAAGGAUAUGCCUGGUUUCAGCACCUCGAAGAAGCUGGACAAGCUAGGCAUGAGGGGCUCCAACACCUGUGAGCUAGUCUUUGAAGACUGCAAGGUUCCUGCUGCUAACAUCCUGAGCCAAGAGAGUAAGGGUGUCUACGUACUGAUGAGCGGGCUGGACCUAGAACGCCUGGUGCUGGCAGGUGGACCCCUUGGGAUCAUGCAGGCUGUCCUGGACCACACCAUUCCCUAUUUGCAUGUGAGGGAAGCCUUUGGCCAGAAGAUCGGCCAAUUCCAGCUGAUGCAGGGAAAGAUGGCUGACAUGUACACCCGCCUCAUGGCAUGUCGACAGUAUGUCUACAAUGUCGCCAGGGCCUGUGACGAGGGCCACAUCACUGCCAAGGACUGUGCUGGUGUGAUUCUGUAUACAGCCGAGUGUGCCACACAAGUAGCCCUGGAUGGCAUUCAAUGUUUAGGUGGAAAUGGCUACAUCAAUGACUUCCCCAUGGGCCGCUUUCUUCGAGAUGCCAAACUGUACGAGAUCGGAGGUGGGACCAGUGAGGUGAGGCGGCUAGUCAUUGGCAGAGCUUUCAACGCAGACUUCCGCUAACCUGGGGCCAUCACCCUGCUCCCAGCAGCAGGAGACCUUUGGAAGCAGAGACGUGGCAGCCCUCUGACUUGGCUAAGGAAGCUCUGCUGCUCAACUGCCCUCCUCUUGCCAGCCCUCUGCUCUUCGUGAAGUCGGAUUCUCCAGCCGUGCCAGCCAGUCAAUCAAGAAAGCCUAAAAUUCGGUCCCCAGCUCCGGAAAAAAAAAAAAAAAGAACCAAAAGAAAGCCUAAAAUGGCUGCUAAAAGGACUUUGGCUUUUCUGGGGUUUGCAGGGAGGGUAACAGUGUCUGCGCCCUUGUUCUCUACUUCUGAAUGUAGUAACCUCACCCUCUGGGGUAGCAUAUGACAGGUACCCAACUCCUUUUCGUGGGCAAGCCUCUGGCAGGGGAGCUCUUUCUGUUGCAAUGUAACAGAGGCAUUGCCUCUUUCAAUUGUCA